AUGCCCCCAUCAACUGAAGCUAGCCUUUCUUUACUUCGGAAGGUAGGACUCAUCGAUGGAAGCACAACAGAGGAGAAGAUGAGAUGCCGAGGAAUAUCUGAAUUCAACGAGCACAAGGCAAUGCUUCUCUGUCCCAAGCUUGCCCCUAAUUUUGGCUAUGAGAAUCAUCCUUUGGGCAUUGAGGAAGAUAACACAAAUAUCCCCAAUUUCAGGUUUGUCUCUUCUGAACAAAUUGAAGGUUGUAUUCAGUAUUUGAACAAAGCAAGAUUUGAAAGCAUGUACUCAGUGACUAAGGAAGAAGCAAAAGCAAUUAGCUUGAAGGCCUUGGUGGACAAAGAGAACAACAGAGUUAUAUUUGCGGAAUCAGAUGAGGACUUUACUGAUGUUCUGUUUAGCUUCUUGACAAUGCCCAUGGGAACAAUCAUCAGGCUUAUUUCUAAUCAUAACCAACCACCAACAGUGGAGAUAGGUUGCAUGAACAAUUUGUAUGAAAGCAUUAAGAACCUUGACAUGCAGUAUUUCCGGAGUGAAGCAUGCAAGACCAUGUUGCUAUGCCCCAGAAAUGGUGCUGCAGCUCAGAACAAGAGACUAAAAUUGCAAAUUGAUGAUGGCGAGCUGCUGAGGUACUUCUUAUGCUAUAUGGAUUGCACCCUUUAUAAACACAAGUUACUGAGUCUCUACCCUAAUGCUGUUUGCGAAUGUGGACGGCUCAUGGAUAGGACGAUGGAGUUGUCAGAGAAGACUGUACAAAAGUUAGUUUUUGAUGCUCGAGAUAGAGGAGUGUUUGUUAAAGGACUGACCCAAUUUAUAAUAAGUGAUGAAUUACAAAUAAAGCCCUCAUCUCGAGAAGCAAGCCUUUCUAUAAUGUCCAAGCUGGGAUUCAUGGACUGUAGCGCCAUUGAGGAGUACAACAUCGACAUAGGAGUAGAUGAGGUUCUCACUUUGCUCAAGUGUUCACUGGUGUCAAAGAAACCUUUGACCGAAACUUUGUUGAAACAAACUUCAGCACCAAAGUUCGGCAAAGAAGAUUUUGAUCAGAACAUCUAUAUUGAAUCUAAAGUAAAAGAACCAGAAUCAAAUGUGGAUGGGAAGAUUCAUGUACAGCUUAUGGUCAGCAAAUCCAAGAAAAUGGUUUGUUAUGCCGAAGCAAGUGAAGAAUUUGUUAAUUUAGUCUCCAGUUUCCUAACUGUUCCACUUGGUUAUAUAAUAAAAGAAAUGCAGAGUAGCAUUUCAAAAGGAUCCUUAACUCACUUGUACAAUAGUAUACAGGAACUCAAUGCUGAGAAAUACUUGAAAUCUAAUGAGCACAAGGAAAUGCUCAUCAGUCCGAAGCUCGCCCCUGAUUUUAGCUAUGGGAAUCAUCCUUUAGGCAUUGAAGAAGGAUCCUAA